GUCAAAAUCAGUUCCUUCUUGAACUCGUUCGAGUGCGUUUGUGUCUUUUGCAUUUCCAACGUACAAAAUCGCGUAAAAUGGCAACUUUAAGGCAAAUGCCGUUAACGUGCAGUGGACACACAAGACCCGUGGUGCAUUUGGACUUCAGCGAAGUAACGCAAAGCGGUUAUUUCCUAAUUUCAGCAUGUAAAGACGGGAAACCGAUGCUAAGACAGGGCGACACCGGUGAUUGGAUCGGCACUUUCGAAGGUCAUAAGGGGGCUGUUUGGGGGGUGGCUCUUAAUUCGGAGGCGACUAGGGCUGCGUCCGGGGCCGCGGAUUUCUCUUGCAAAGUUUGGGACGCCGUCAGCGGCGAGGAGUUGCACAAUUUCCAACACAAUCACAUAGUGAAGAGCGUCAGGUUUAGCAGCAAGAACAGCAAUUUGCUGGUUACCGGUAGCAACGAAAAAUUGGUCAGGAUAUUCGAUCUGAAUAACCCGGAAGCGAGUCCGGAAGUGUUUACGGGGCAUACAGCCGGCAUAAAGCACGCGCUGUUCUUCCGCGACGACACGCAGCUGAUCAGCUGCGCGGACGACAAGACUCUGCGCGUGUGGGACAGGGCGGCCAAGCAGGAGGUGAACCGCCUAGAUUUUCCCUCGAGCUUGAGCAGCCUGGAGGUGUCCAAAGACGGGUCGGUGUUGACCUUGACGUACGCCAACAAGGUUGCCUUCUACGACGCGGAUAACUUGACGAAGAUCAGGGAGUUCACGCUGCCCACCACCGUAAACUCGGCAUCGUUGCACCCGGAUAAGAGCAUCUUUGUGGCGGGAGGGGACGAUUUGAAGGUGUACAAAUACGAUUACACGACUGGAAAUGAGAUUGAAUCUUUCAAGGGUCACUUUGGGCCGAUCCACUGCCUGAAAUUCUCACCAGAUGGCGAGCUCUACGCCUCGGGCUCGGAGGACGGAACAUUGAGGUUAUGGCAAACGACGGUUGGCAAAACGUACGGGCUUUGGAAGUGCGUGGACGGCAACCAGCUUAACAAUGACGUCAUGUCCCCACCCAAAGAAGUACAGGCCAACUAACUUAAAAAUGAUGAAAUUUCUCGCGUAUAUUUUUUAUUUAUUAUUACAUGCAUUUUUCCCUAAUUAUUUCGAAUGUGAUGCUCCAAUAUGCUAUAAAUUAUAAAGAAAACAAAAACAAAUGACUGAAGUGUGAUUAUAUGAAAAGUAGUGUUUUCGCAAUGAAGCGAAAAUAGACUUUUCGAAUAUAUUAUUUAUAUACUUAUUACAUUUCUUAGUAAAUAA